AACUUAAUCAUGAACGUGAUUCAAAAAUGUUAAUAAAUAAACCAAGUGUAGACCAUGGGGAAUUCAUAUGCUGGGCAACUGAAAUCUGCUCGAUUUGAAGAAGCUCUCCACAACUCCAUAGAAGCCUCUCUCAGAUGUAGUAGUGUGGUACCACGACCAAUUUUUUCCCAGCUUUACUUGGACCCUGACCAGCAUCCUUUCUCAUCUGCAGAUGUAAAACCCAAGGUGGAGGAUCUGGAUAAAGAUUUGGUACACCGCUACACUCAAAAUGGAAGCCUGGAUUUUUCUAACAAUCUAACAGUAAAUGAAAUGGAAGAUGACGAAGAUGAUGAAGAAAUGUCUGAUUCAAAUAGCCCACCAAUUCCCUAUUCACAAAAACCUGCCCCCGAAGGGUCUUGCACUACAGAUGGUUUUUGUCAAGCAGGAAAGGAUUUGCGUUUGGUAUCUCUGUGUAUGGAACAAAUCGACAUCCCAGCAGGAUUCCUCCUGGUGGGGGCCAAGUCUCCCAAUCUUCCUGAACACAUCCUAGUGUGUGCUGUAGACAAGCGAUUUCUACCAGAUGAUCAUGGAAAAAAUGCACUUUUAGGGUUUUCUGGAAACUGUAUCGGCUGUGGAGAAAGAGGAUUUCGGUAUUUCACGGAAUUUUCCAACCACAUAAACUUGAAGCUCACCACCCAGCCAAAGAAGCAGAAGCACUUAAAGUACUACCUAGUCAGAAGCUCCCAGGGUGUACUGUCGAAGGGACCUCUUAUCUGCUGGAAAGAAUGUAGAAGCCGACAAUCCUCUACCAUUUGCCACUCUAUUAAACCAAACUCUUCAGUGUCAUCAACCGUGGCCCCAGAAAAUGGCACAACUAAUGGAUACAAAUCAGGAUUCAUUCAGACAGAUUCGCCAGUUCUCAGUCCAGCUAAUUCUGCAAUCAAUUUAAGUGGAGCUCAGGACCUGACCCGGAAUAAGAAUGUUGUGAAGCCACUGGCUUUGUCUUUGCAGGUUGUAGGGAAGACUUUUGCUGCAGAUGCUGCUAAUGGAAACAGUAGCCAUGGAGGAAAGAGCAGUGCGUCUAGCUCCACUCCAGCCCGCCCAGGGAAUUACUCUUUGUCACCAAGACCUAGCUUUGCCUCAGGAGACCAAGCUACCAUGUUCAUUUCUGGGCCACCAAAGAAACGACACCGAGGAUGGUAUCCUGGGUCACCUGUCCCCCAACCUGGUUUAGUUGUACCUAUUCCUGCAGUUCGCCCUCUUUCAAGAACUGAGUCCCUUUUAUCUGCCCCAGUUCCACAGACCCCAUUAACUGGAAUUUUACAACCUCGACCCAUUCCUGCAGGGGAAACUGUAAUUGUUCCUGAAAAUCUGCUGAGUAACUCAGGAGUUAGACCAGUAAUCCUGAUAGGCUAUGGCACUUUACCCUAUUUCUAUGGAAAUGUUGGUGACAUUGUUGUGAGUCCUCUGCUGGUGAAUUGCUACAAGAUUCCGCAGUUGGAAAACAAAGAUUUGGAACAGUUAGGUUUGACUGGCAGCCAACUCCUGAGCGUGGAAAACAUGAUUCUUCUGACAAUACAGUACCUCGUGCGGCUGGGUCCUGAUCAGAUACCUCUCAGGGAAGAAUUUGAGCAAAUUAUGCUGAAAGCUAUGCAGGAAUUUACUCUGAGAGAGAGAGCCCUGCAGAUGGGUGGUCAGUGCACGCCUGUGUCACCAGGACAACUCCCCUGGCUGGCUAGAUUAAUUGCCAGCGUAUCUCAAGACUUGGUUCAUGUGAUUGUGACCCAGAACUCCUUGGCAGAGGGCAUUUCAGAGACAUUGAGGACUCUCAGUGAAAUGAGACACUAUCAAAAACUACCAGAUUAUGUUGUGACAAUUUGUGCAUCGAAAAUCAGAGGAAAUGAGUUUUGUGUGGUAGUAUUAGGUCAGCAUCAGUCCAGAGCUCUGGCAGAGAGCAUGCUCACCACAAGUGAGUUUUUGAAAGAAAUUAGUUAUGAGCUCAUCACAGGAAAGGUCAGUUUCCUGGCAUCGCAUUUCAAAACCACAUCGUUAGGUGAUGACCUAGACAAGCUGCUAGAAAAAAUGCAACAGAGAAGAGGAGAUAGUGUGGUGACCCCUUUCAAUGGAGACCUUAAUGAAUGUGUGUCACCUCAGGAGGCUGCUGCUAUGAUCCCCACGCAGAACCUGGAUUUAGAUAAUGAACCCUUCCAGAUUUAUCAACCGCAGCUUACAGUUGCCAGAAAACUCUUGUCCCAGGUGUGUGCUAUAGCAGACAGUGGCAGCCAGAGCCUGGACCUCGGCCACUUCAGCAAAGUGGACUUCAUCAUCAUUGUCCCGAGAUCAGAGGUUCUGGUCCAGCAAACGCUUCAACGGAUUCGACAAUCAGGUGUCCUUGUAGACUUGGGUCUGGAGGAAAAUGGGACAGCCUAUCAGAGAGCAGAGAAAUAUGUUGUUCGUCUAGACAAUGAGAUUCAAACCAAGUUUGAAGUUUUUAUGAGAAGGGUGAAACAGAACCCGUACACACUGUUUGUGCUAGUUCAUGACAACUCCCAUGUGGAACUAACGAGUGUCAUUUCGGGCUCUUUGUCACAUGGUGAACCUGGCCAUGGAUUGGCUGACAGAGUCAUUAACUGCAGAGAGGUUCUGGAAGCUUUCAACCUCCUGGUGCUCCAGGUCACCUCCUGCCCAUACACUCUGCAGACCCAACAGUCCCGAAUCAGCGCCAACAACGAGGUUCACUGGAUACAGCUGGACAGCACAGAGGACAUGAGCUGCGAGGAGAAGCUGUACUUCGGCAUGAGCGAGUACAGUAAAUCUCUUCAGUGGGGAAUCACGAGCCCACUUCUGAGAUGUGAUGAGACUUUUGAAAAGAUGGUGAACACACUCUUGGAGAGGUACCCCAGGCUGCACAGCAUGGUCGUCCGCUGCUACCUCCUCAUCCAGCAGUACUCGGAGGCUCUGAUGGCUCUCACCACCAUGGCAUCCCUCCGAGACCACAGCACGCCGGAAACACUCAGCAUCGUGGAUGACCUCCUCAGCUGCCCAGGAAAAAACAAAAGUGGGAGGGGACACAUGCUCAUUCUCAGGGUGCCCUCCGUGCAGCUGGCGAUGCUGGCCAAGGAGCGGCUGCAGGAGGUGCGCGACAAGCUGGGGCUGCAGUACCGCUUCGAGAUCAUCCUCGGGAACCCUGCCUCUGAACUCAGUGUUGCAGCCCACUUUGUGGCGCGAUUAAAGACUUGGAGAGGAAAUGAAGCAGAAGAGUGGACCCCUCGGACGUACCAAGAUCUAGAAGGUCUGCCUUGUAUUGUGAUAUUAACUGGCAAAGAUCCCCUUGGAGAAACCUUUCCCAGGUCUUUGAAGUACUGUGACCUCCGGUUAAUUGAUUCAAGCUAUUUAACUCGCACGGCCUUGGAGCAGGAGGUGGGUCUGGCGUGCUGCUACGUCUCAAAAGAGGUCAUCCGGGGGCCCACUGCUGCCCUGGACCUUAGUGGCAAGGAGCAGGAGAGAGCCGCCGUCAGCGAGAACGAUGCCGAGGAGCUGCUGAUCGACCUGGAGAGGCCCCAGAGCAACAGCAGUGCCGUCACUGGAACCUCAGGCUCCAUCAUGGAGAACGGGGUGAGCUCGUCCAGCACCGCCGACAAGUCCCAGAAGCAGCCCCUGACCCCCAGCUUCCGGAGCCCGGCCAACAGCGUGGGGCUGGACGAAGGGGUCUCGGCGGGCCUGGCGGGAGCCGGAGAGACCCUGAAGCAGGAGUGUGACUCCCUGGGCCCCCAGAUGGCGAGCAGCACCACCUCCAAGCCGUCGUCGUCCUCGUCAGGGCCCGGGGCGCCGCGGUGGCCAGGACAGCCGGGGCCGGGCUGCCGGGGCACGCACGCCGCGCUGCCCCCGGUCGUGAUCCUGUCCAAGGCGGCCUACAGCCUCCUGGGCUCGCGGCGGGGCGGCAAGCUGCCGGCGUCCGCGGCCCUGCUGCCGCACCCCGACGUGGCCUGGGCCAGCCCCCUGCGGCCGCUGCUGCCCGGGCACGCGAGCGCCGAGGAGCAGUCCCUCUACUACCGCCGCUGGACCGCGGCGCGGCCGCACCACGCCGACCACGGCAACCAGCCCGACCCCGCCUCGGGCGCGCGGCCCUGCCAUCCCCGCCGCCUGCUGCUGACCGGGCCCCCGCAGGUGGGGAAGACUGGCUCCUACUUGCAGUUCCUGAGGAUCCUCUUCCGCAUGCUCAUCAGGCUCCUGGAGGUGGACGUGUACGACGAGGCAGAGAUCAACACCGAUCACAGCGAAAGCAGUGAAGUGAGCCAGUCAGAGGGAGAGCCCUGGCCUGACAUCGAGAGCUUCAGUAAAAUGCCCUUUGACGUCAGUGUGCAUGACCCCAAGUACAGUUUGAUGAGCCUGGUAUACACUGAGAAGCUGGCAGGGGUCAAACAAGAAGCAAUAAAGGAAUCCAAAGUUGAGGAGCCCCAGAAACGAGAAGCCGUGUCCAUGAUGCUGACCAAGUACGCGGCCUACAACACCUUCCACCACUGCGAGCAGUGCCACCAGUACAUGGACUUCACCUCUGCCUCCCAGAUGUCCGACUCCACCCUUCACGCCUUCACGUUCUCUUCCUCUAUGCUGGGAGAAGAGGUGCAGCUCUAUUUCAUCAUUCCCAAAUCCAAAGAGAGUCAUUUUGUCUUCAGCAAGCAGGGCAAACACCUGGAGAGCAUGCGGCUGCCCCUGGUUUCAGACAAGAAUUUGAAUGCGGUCAAGAGCCCUAUUUUCACUCCUUCCAGUGGUCGCCACGAGCACGGACUCCUAAACCUCUUUCACGCCAUGGAGGGCAUCAGCCACCUGCACCUGCUGGUGGUUAAAGAGUAUGAGAUGCCGCUGUACCGCAAGUACUGGCCCAACCACAUCAUGCUGGUGCUUCCUGGCAUGUUCAAUAAUGCAGGCGUGGGUGCUGCCAGGUUUCUUAUUAAGGAGCUGUCAUAUCACAACCUGGAGCUGGAGAGGAACCGCCUGGAAGAGCUGGGAGUUAAACGCCAGUGUGUCUGGCCUUUCAUCGUUGUGAUGGAUGACUCGUGUGUCCUAUGGAACAUUCACAGUGUUCAGGAGCAGAGCAGCCAGCCCAUGGAAACAGGAGUUUUCAGUAAGAAUGUGUCCUUGAAGAGUGUCUUGCAGCAUAUUGAAGCAACACCGAAAAUCAUCCACUACGCCAUCCUGGGCAUACAGAAAUGGAGCAGCAAGAUGACUUCUCAGAGCCUGAAGGCCCCGUUCUCCAGAUGCCAUGUGCACGACUUCAUUCUCCUCAACAUAGACUUGACUCAGAAUGUGCAGUAUGACUUCAACAGGUAUUUCUGUGAAGAUGUUGACUUUAACCUGAGAACGAACAGUAGUGGCCUGCUCAUCUGCCGCUUUAAUAACUUCAGUCUCAUGAAGAAACACGUUCAGGUUGGAGGGCAAAGGGACUUUAUCAUUAAACCAAAGAUCAUGGUGUCAGAGAGCUUAGCACCCAUCUUGCCCCUUCAGUAUGUCUGUGCUCCCGACAGCGAACACACACUACUGGCAGCCCCUGCACAGUUUCUCCUGGAGAAGUUCCUUCAGCACGCCUCAUACAAACUCUUCCCCAAAGCUAUCCAUAACUUCAAGAGUCCCGUGUUGGCCAUCGACUGCUACCUUAACAUUGGACCAGAGGUGGCGAUAUGCUACGUCAGCUCCAGACCCCACUCCAGCAAUGUCAACUGUGAAGGGGUGUGUUUCAGUGGACUCCUCUUGUACCUCUGUGACUCUUUUGUAGGUGCUGAUCUUCUUAAGAAAUUUAAGUUUCUAAAAGGUGCUACUCUGUGUGUCAUCUGCCAAGACCGAAGUUCCUUACGCCAAACGAUUGUCCGCUUAGAGCUAGAGGACGAGUGGCAGUUCCGCCUCCGGGACGAGUUUCAAACUGCUAACAGCGCCGAUGACAAGCCCCUCUACUUUCUUACCGGACGUCACGUAUGAGCUUUGGAAGAGACCAAAACCAGCAAAGGGAUGCCUAGGUGGGGUGGGGCAGUAACGAUUAUUAGGGAUGUUUUUUUUCCUUUAAAGUACAAUCACUGUGGAGCCAAGUGCAACAUAUUUCUCUCUUCUCCAAAGAACCCCCCAAAUCUGACCUAGAUCCUUGGGGGGCAUCACUCUCCUUCAGUUCCAAUUUCAGGACUUAAAUUCAGGUUAACUCCACCCUAGGUAGUUAUGCAAUUACUUAAGAUGUGGUCUGCCCACGGGAGGCUGAGGAGGAUUAUGCUUUGGAGAGGCCACAGGGA